CAUCAAAAAUAAUAUUGUCAUCAUAUCUGAACAUUAUAAAAGUUAAACUUAGGUCAGCCAGAUGUUUGAACUUGAGGGAAAAGUGGCUUUAGUGACAGGAGGCGCUUCUGGUAUUGGUCUUGAAAUAGCCAAACGAUUAUUGGCAGAACGUGCAAAUCAUAAAGAGGCUACUGGGCUUCGGGGGGUAACAAUUGCUGAUGUCGACCAGGAAACUGGAGAAAAAGUUGUCGAUGAACUGAAGAGAGAAUUCGGCAGCCAUAGAGUUAUAUUCGUGAAAACUGAUGUGUCUGACAAGCAAUCUUUUCAAGAUGCUUUCGCAGCCACUGUGGGAUCUUUCGACAACAUUGAUAUUCUUGUUAAUAAUGCUGGAAUAUUCAAUGAUUGUAAUUACGACAAAGAAAUUGAUGUCAAUUUCAAAGGGGUUGUUCAUGGGAUCACCCUUGGCCUGCAGUACUUCUCUGAAUUCAAAUCGGGAACUGAAGCAGUUAUAAUGAAUACUGCUUCGAUAACUGGCACAAAGGUUUAUCCAUCAAUGCCUAUUUAUGGCUCCACAAAGAGUGCAGUUGUGAGCUUAACAAUGGCAUUUGGUGAUGAAAUUCAUUACGACAGAACGAAAGUGAGGAUUGUGGCUAUAGCUCCUGGUUUCACCAAAACAAAUAUUUCUCUUUACUCUGAUUUGGAGCAUUUAUAUCUAGAUGAAGAUUUUGGUCAAAUAUUUAAGAAUGAAAUAGAUUCACACAAAAUACAGCCGGUUGAAAUUGUUGGAGAAAAUGUCAUAAAGAUAAUUAAGGAGAAACCAUCAGGAACUGUUUGGAUAUCUGAAGAAGAAAAAGACAUUUUCGAAUAUAUUCCUUCAAGGUCUACAUUCAAAUCUUCUUGUUAAAACAAUCUCAUUCUUGUUAGCUAUGUAACUGUGAACUCAUUAAAUAUUUUUUUGAAACUUU